CAGAAUAAAGUCUUGCGAAUAGCAUCAAUUCCCAGCGGAAACCAGCCAACCAACUGCCGCCCGUAUUCGAAACAUCCUACUGCAGAUAUCGAUCCACUACUGCAUGCAACUGGUAUCUUUUUGCAUCUCUGCACAUUUCUGGACGGGACUGCAAGAUUGUCGGAUAUUGUCUGGACACCCACUGUCAUCUCCUCUUAUCUCAUCUCGUCUCAUCUCAUCUCAUCUCUCAUCCCUUCCUUUGCCUCUUGCUGCUGCUGCUCUGCUCUGCUCUGCUCUGGCAGUCUCUCUUCCCCCGUCCCCGUCGCCUAGCGCAACAGCUGCUCAAGCGAAAAAGCCCACUGGUGGCCCAUCCCGCAACGGGUUUAGUGGCUACGGUAUCCGUCAGUCUGGAGACCGUCACCGUCACCGUCACCCUCACCCUCUCUACCCUGCCCUGCCUGGCCCAACCCUGCCCUGCCCUGCCCUGCCCUGCCCUGGCCUGCACUCAGAAAAGUCACUCGCUCGUCCGCUCCUGGAUUGUGAAAUCUCCCUCUGCCUCUCCCUCCCUCUCUUCCUCGCCCAACCAUCUUCCUGCGACGACGACAACGACGCCGACGGACUGAGGUCCCUCCAUACUGCCUUCGCCAUUCUUUACGACGACCUCCACGACCUCACGGAUUAGACGACGUCGCCACCGUUCUCCUGUCACUCGCUGCCAGCCGCACUGACUGGUACGUACCGGCUCCAGGAGAAACUACCUACUACUACUACACCACACCACACGCACCGUCCCUACAAGUACCGACGCUGCAACCCUCCCCCUCCUCUCUGCUCCCCACGCAGAGCACCUGCACCGCUCUCUCUGAGCUCUACACAGCUGCUCGAAGCUGCUGCCCGUCGGCGACCAGCGUUUGCAGUCGCUCCAGCUGCACGAAAGCUUCGUGAAGUUCGGAGCAGGCAUUAGAAGCUUGCUUGCACAGCGUGCCACUGCCGGCUCCUUGCAUACCUUUGCAGGCCCAGCAAACAGCAGCUGCCCUGCCCUCCCUUCCCACCUCCUGGACAUCUGCACGGCAUAUAAAAGAUGGCCCAGCAAUACGGAGGAGAUAUGUACGCCGACUACUCGCAGAGCCAGAACCGGUCGCCUGUCCCUAAUCGGUACGGAAACGGGCUCACUCUGAAUAGACAACCGUCGCGACAGUUCGAACAAUAUACUCCCCAACCUCCGCAGGCCCUGUAUCAGGACGAUCAUUCUUCCCAGUACGAUCCUGCUUCCCGCUUCGACAGGAUGCCUCCCUCAACUAUACAUUCCUCAAAUUAUCCUUAUGAGAACCAGACUUGGAAUUAUGGAGGGGCGAAUGCUGGUGCGAAUAUGAUGGGCGGCACGGGCCGGGUCAAACCCUCUGCUCCCAGAAGAGCUGGACUUCCAACUGGAUGGCUCGAACCUCAAAUGCACCAAGCCGAACCUAUGAACAAUUAUCAGAUGAAUAGCCAGUUUAAUAUGCAUCAGCAUCAGCAGCAACGAGCUUCACCUCCUCAAAACGACAACGAUGAACUUAUCCCUACUGCUAUUGUCAUCAAGAAUAUUCCUUUCGCUGUCAAGAAGGAACAGCUCAUCGCUUGCAUGACGGAGAUGCGUCUACCUCUGCCAUAUGCCUUCAACUACCACUUCGAUUCGGGGGUUUUCAGAGGAUUGGCUUUUGCCAACUUCACCAGUGCAGAUGAGACGCAGACUGUCAUCCAGGCCAUGAACCACAUGGACUUGCAGGGAAGGAAGUUGCGGGUCGAAUACAAGAAGAUGCUACCUGUUCAAGAGCGGGAGAGAAUCGAGAGAGACAAGAGAGAGAAGCGUGGACAACUCCAGGAGCAGCAUCAACCUCUGGCACCCGGCCAAGUCCAGAACCCGCUUCACACUCAGUCAUCUAUGGCUUCCAUGACCUCCUUGAGCUCCGCUAAUCACCCUCCUCCAGCAUCACCAUCUCCAGUUUCAUUCCGUGGCAAGCUAGACGUGGACUUGAACGAACCUAUAACACUUGGUUACUAUAGCGAGUUGGUACUUUUCAAGAACGACGUCAAUCGCGAGACCUUGAUCUUCCCACCUUCGAUUUCACCUGCUGACCGCCGAAUUAUUCACACUCUCGCACACCACAUGGCGCUUGAACAUCGAUCGGAAGGUUCUGGAGAUUCUCGAUGUGUGCAGAUCCUCAAAAGAGCUGUACAGAUCAGCCCUCCUGUUGCUCAGCAUAACUAUUAUACCGAAUCAUCCCGCCGAGGACUGAAUCGUGCAGCGACGAUUGACUUUAGCGAAGCCCGGGAAAAUUCUGGUCAUUACCACUCAUUGAAUCGCCAAGGAUCCAGCCUUCUGGACAUCCCAGGAUCCCCAGGCCUGAGUGGUCUGACACCACAUAACAAUUUGCGAGCGGCCAAAUCAUUCGCGGACCUGCGUUCGUAUACCCCAUCACCCGUACCCUCGACUGCCAGUUUCCCUGUUGGUUUAACGCAAAACAUCUCACGAUAUGCAGCAGAGUAUAGCCAUGGUUCCGCCGCAUCUGGAACCCCGAACCUCACUCCAACCUCAGCCGGAGGUGGGAUGAAUGGCCGAGAUGACACCUUCGUCCUGAAUGGCAUCAGUAAUAUGAGCAUCGGAUACGACCGUCCCAGCUCUAACCGCCCAAAUGCCACUGGCAGGAUUGGCCAAGAACGGGAAACCCACACUCCAAGCACCGGUGCCAUUGGAAGCCAUAGAACCGUCAAUGGCAACUACGAUGAGAACCCACGAAAUGGCACCGCGGUUGAAAGGCAACCAAGAGGUCCUGGUGCAGACUGGGGAGCUGGGAACGGCUUUUCAAGACCACGACAAAAUGGUCAUGUUAAUAGAGGUAGUGAUUCGUCCGAUCGAACCGGUGCCCCGCGAUACAUGUAAAGUCUUCGCUAGAUCCCGCGAGAGACUUUUUGACGACGUUACGACGAUACACUUUAGAUCUGCUGUGCGAACCUUAUAUUCUCGGCGCAUCUUGCCAGUAACAUAAAAAGCGGGGUUUGUCUUCAGUGUAUAGAUGCAAUCCGACGACUUACGAACCUAUCGGAUACAUCACAGUCUGGAUGGAGUUUGACUGGUUCUCGCUUUUUAGCAGUCAGACAUCUCGGCUACUUCAUUGGAGUUUUUGCGAUAUUUGUGUUCUGUUUAUUUUAAUUGCGGCAUCCUCGAUCAUUUCCCCCAAGAACGCCUGCUUGGAUCGUUGGAAUGUUCGCAUAUUUCUGCCCUGUCAUCUGCUGUUUCAGUACAUAUCUAUGGGAUAAUCUCUUUUUUCUCUCGACUUAACGAACGAUGGAACGGACGAUGAGACGACAUUUUUGACUCAACUGUUCAUUCGACCCAAUUUUUACUUUUCGAUUCCCCCCAAAAAUUUAGCUUUCAUGCGAUCAAAACAAACCACACGAUAGGAUACCACAAUACAGCGACUGGGCAACCAUCACGAUUUACGCCGUAUGACCUUUAUCCUUCACGAUACGGAAAAUGGGACUCGACCCCGACUAAUUAUUUCUAAGGGGGGCUUGCCAUCACACCCAUCCCCAUUGGUGUGCCCCCCGAAUCCUCCUUAUAUAAUCUCUCGAGCCUUUUCCACCCUUUGGACGGACAACGAAAAAAACGAAAUGCUUCUUUACCUUCUUCACCUUCUUCUCGGUUUCCUCGACUUUCGAAACCCGAAACCCACCUAGAUUACUGGACGAAUGAACACAAGCCUUGGAACUUGCGAGAGCCCUCGAAUGAGACCAUGUCAGCAAUUCGUUGUGAUGAAAUGGCAUAGGUUCUCUUUUUUCGAACUUUUGAUGGGUUUCUUCUCUUGGGUUCAUAUAUGAGGCUGGCUUUGGCUUGGCCUGGCUGAUUCAGUGGUUCGGUUGGGUUUUUAUCUUUGGGUGGGCGGGCGGACAUGCGGACGGGCGGACGGGCGGACGGGAGGAUCUGUGUUUUUUUGUACUCUAUCUACCAUCGCUCUCAACCUUAUGUUUGCUUUCUGCGAAUGCGAAUGUUUGACCCGUUUGCUGCUUUCUUUCUUGCUUGCUUGUGUGUGUGUGUGUGUGUGUGUGUGUGUCCUCUUCCGGGCUUUCUUCUCGAGUUGUUAUCUGAUUUUCUGGGUUUUUAAUUCUACUUGCAUAAUCUCUCUGCAUUUUGUGUGGCUGUGGGUAGGGGUGAUGGUGUGUGCUCUCCUUCUAGCUGCCACCUAUCGCUGUCGUCAACACCCGCCCGGAAUUUUUUCACAUGAAUCUUCCUGUCCCGAUCUGGUCUGGUCGGUGAGGUAUCGUGGAUUGGGAUAUUGGUCAUGUGUCAGUGGAAAGAUAGUUGGAGAGUUUGUUGAUGCUGAGGGGGCUGUGGGUGGUGGUGUGGUGUGUGAAUCUGGUUGUGGUAUAGUUGUGUUGUGGGUGCUGGCGUGGAUACAGAAUAGGGAAGAAAGGAAGGACAGGAAGGAAGAAAGGAAGAAAGGACGGAUGGGAAGAAAGGAAAGGGAAAAGAAAAUCGAAAGCCUUUUUAAACCUAACCUAACCUUUAUCCUUUAUCUUUUAUUAAUGUGACUGAUUUGCGAC